UUACAAUAGGGUGGGGCAACUGGAGCGCUGUUCGCUUCCUCCUCCUCCUCCUCCUUUCUUCCCAAAUUGCUCUGUUUUUUCUGAAACCCUAAACCCUGAACCUCCAAUCAAUCUUCCUCUUCCUAAAUGCCCCCCAAGUCGAUAUCCCUCCUCUUUGCUUUCAGUCUAGCAGUUAUUGCAAGCGAGGUCCAAUUGAAUUCUCUGAUGGGCGCAGCGAACGAGAACUGAGAAGGGACGGAGGCGAGCGUAAAUGACGAUGUUUGAAAGAGUUGUGAGUCAGGUGAUUUUGGGCUAUCUGGGUCGGUACUUCAAAGAUAUUCAGAAACACCAGCUGAAGAUCACCCUUUGGAAAGGGGAAGUGUUCUUGGAAAAUGUGGAGCUAAGUCUUGAAGCAUUUGAUUAUCUUCAGUUGCCUUUUGCUUUAAAAGAAGGCCGGGUGGGAAAGUUAAGCAUCAAAAUUCCUUGGAAGAAGCUUGGUUGGGACCCCAUUGAAAUUAUUUUAGAAGAUGUCUUUCUUUGUGCAUCCCAACGGGAUGAUCAAGAGUGGAGUUCGGAUGAAGUUGAAAGACGAGAGCUUGCUUGGAAAAAGGCCAAACUUGCUGCAGCAGAGUUGGGAAAACUAUCAAAACGUGUUUCCGAAAAUCAGGCUGGGCUUAUAUCGUAUAUUUCUGCUAAGGUUCUUGACAGCAUCCAAGUGUCAAUCAGAGAUUUUCAUAUCUUGUACCAUCACAAGCUCAGUGACUCGGCAUAUACUGUAUUUGGGUUGAAGUUAUCCAGCUUGAGGACAAUGAAGCAAACUCCUUUAGGGCCAUCAAGUGGAAGAGGGGGCCAAGUUAAUAAAGUUGUGGAGAUUACGGGUUUGGAAUUUUACUGUGGCACAUUUUGUGGAGCGGUCGAAUUGAUGACUAUGAACAAUGGUGGGGACUCCAAACUGUGGCACAAUACAAGACCUGAUGGGGAGAAAUAUGACUCAAUAUUGUCUCCUUGUGAUGUUUCCAUGUCACUUUCGGUCAACAGAUCAGGAGAGCUUGAUAACAAUACUCCACAGUACUCUAUCACCGCUGAGAUAACUGACUUGGUGAUGUCUUUAAAUGAGGUUCAGUUGCAACAAAUCUUAAUUCUUUGGGAUUUUUUAGGCACGUGUGAAUUAAGAAAUAAGUAUGGGCGUUAUUGUCCCUGGUAUAGUCCGUUAUCAACAAAAAUGAAGGGUUGGCAAUUGCAGUGGUGGCAUUAUGCGCAAGAAUCUGUUCUAUCAGAUGUUCAUAAGAGAUUAAAGAAAAGCUCAUGGAGAUAUUUUGGACAGAGACUAAGUUCUUGUCGGAAAUACGUUAACCUAUAUAAGGCUAAGCUGAAUUUUCUUCGCCAUGAUCAGCCAAUUGACGAGAGUACUCAAUGGGAAUUGGAGCAAAUGGAGAAAGAAUUGGACAUUGAUGAUAUUUUAAGUUACAGGUCUACUGCUGAAUGUGAGCUGCAGGAAAUUUUGUCGAACUCUUUAACUUCAAACACAAAUAAUGAUGAGCAUUCAACUGGCAAAUCCCGGGGAUGGUUGAACUGGCUAUCCCGUGGCAUGCUUGGUGCUGGUGGAACAGAUGAUUUGGGUCAAUUUUCUGGUGUUGUUUCUGAUGAAGUUAUUCAGGAUAUAUGUGAGGCCACAGAGUUCAAUCCUCCAGUUUUAUACAAUGGGGAUGUUCGGGCAAAUGAUAAAAUCAGUAUAUGUGCACUCCAGUUCAGCAUUCAUCGGAUUUCUGCAACACUAAGGAACAUGAAAUAUGGUCAAGAAAUUUCUGAGACAAUGUUGAAUGGGGUGAUUAUUGAGUGCAAGUUUUGGGAAGAAUCUGCAACCAUUUUUUCCGUUGUCCAAUCAGGCCAGAUGGUUUAUCCUUGUAGCAAGAAAGUCAUUCUGCAGAUGAGACAGCCUACUAUUGAGACGGAAGUAUUAGACAAUGAGCAUCCAUCCUGUAGAUUGCAAGUGGAUGUAUCACCAAACCUUGAGGUUGAAUUGUGUAUUAAGGGAAUGCUUCAGCCAUUGGAAGUUAAUUUUGAUGCAGAAUUUUUCCUAAACUUGAUGGACUUUUUUGGAGUUUUAAAUUCCUUUGAAGGUCAGCAUGGAAGGGUUCUCUUGUCACUAAAUGGGAUAGAAAAUGUAAAUGGUCGAUUGUUAUCAAAAGCUGAAUACAUUUUAUCCCAUCUUAGGAAAGUUGUGUGGGAUUUUAGUAUCAUCAAUAUUAUCAUAAAUGUUCCUUGGAGAGAUGCAAUACCAGAGCAGCAUAACUUGGUAAUUGAAGCAGGCUCCCUUAUUUUUAUGACUAGAUGUGAUAUUGGAUCUCAUCCAUCAGAUGAUGGACAAUCAUAUACUUUCAAGAACUUCUUAACUUCGGUUUUCAAGUCUUAUAUUCCUUUGAGCUUUCAACUUAAAGAUCUAUACGAUCACUUCGAGGUCAAGUUAAAUGAUUUUGAGAUGAAGAUGAUUAUGCCUUCUCAUUCUUCUCCAGUCUCUAUUUUGGAGAAACUUAGCACUUCUAUCUCUUUGGAACGUUGCUUGAUCCAAGAUGAAUCAGUACUGAAACAGUUGGAGGUGUACAUCAAUACAUCAUCACUGAAUGCACACUUUUCUCCAUCUAUAUAUGCUGAAAUUCUGGAAUUGAUUGCAUACUUAGGUGCUCUGCAGCCAGCUCUAUCUUUAGAAACUAUUGAUCCACUUAAAGUCAUAUCCAAUGGAUCAAGGACGGCUGUUUUUGGGUUCUCUACCAAUGUCAAACUGGAGACAGUCAGCUUUCAAGUAGAACUUGAAAAUGAGAAAGAAAAUAGUUCAUCCAUCAUGCUUGCUUGCCAACAAUUAGAUAUCAGAUAUGCUCUUACAGAGCUUGAGGAGUGCUGGAUCUCUAUGAAAGCAUUAAGUACCACUUUGCCUUUGAAUGGUGAAAGUGAGAGCCAUAUUCUGUAUUCAUCUGGAAAUCAGUCUUCUACAAAUGCUUUACAUCAACGUAAUACUGGGUUUAGCAACAGCAGUGAUGAUUUUGCCACAAACAUUGAAAAUACUGAACCCUGCUUUAUUUUACAGUAUGAGUCUCUUAGGAAUGAGUCAGUUCGCCAAAAAUGUAGAAUAUGCUUGAAUAACACUGAUAUCCACUGCUACCCGUAUGUAAUCAGACUGUUGAUUGAAUUUUUUGAUAAGCUAGCUGCAUAUGGUGCAUCUAAUUAUGGUAUGAACUCCUUUAGCUCAUCUGUGGAUGCUGGGAAUCCAAACAAGGUUGGUGGUUUUGGGUUUGAAAGGUUUGGUUUCUCAAACUUCUUGGAAAGUGGUUCCUGUGAGCAUGCAAGCAUACCUGUAGAUCAUUUUCCUUUUGUUACACUAUGCAAUUCUGGUUCCCUUGGUAGCCUUGAAAGUUCUUUACUUUAUGCCAGUCAUGACUGGAGAAAAUAUUUCACUUUGAAGGACAGCAGAAUCAUCAGUCCACAAUCCAACACAAAGAAGGUAUCUAAAUAUUUUCAUGCCACACCAUUAGAAUCCACAUUUAUUGCUGCAGCAUCUGAUGUGGAUGGGAGUUCUGCUGACAGUGGUACUGUAUUUGUUAUUGAUUUAGAUCUGUGUGGAAUCAGAGUGCAUUUUCAUGAUUCCUCAUGCAUUAUUGGAACAAUUUCCCUGCCUACAUCUCACUCAUCUGUAAUCAUUUCUGAAGACAACUUUGACAUCUUAAGUUCUGCAGAGGGAUUAGUUCUCACGUCAUCUUGGUGGCCACAGAACUUACGUGAGUUUCUAUGGGGGCCCUCACUCCCGAGUUUAUCUCCUAUUUUAAACCUACGAGUGAGGAAAGGAAGCUGUGGGCCAUUGCGUUCUCGCAUUGAAGUAUGCUUCAGCAUUCAGCAUGUAUAUUGUGUUUUACCUCCCGAGUAUCUGGCAAUAAUAAUUGGUUACUUUUUGUUGCCUGAUUGGAGUUCAGAUUCAACUGAGCAGCAUGUCACCGUAUCGCAUGAGUACACUGGAACUGAAAAUGAGUGUUCACUUGCAUAUAAAAUUGAGAUACUAGACUGUACUUUGAUAGUGCCCAUCAACAGCAAUGAGGGUCAGUUUCUAAAGGCAGAACUUCAGCAGUUGUAUUGUAGCUUUAUUCAUCGCAGCAGUUUAACUAAUGUAUUGAAGGAUAUUCCUCCUGAAUGUUGGGUUCCCGGGCAUAAACUUUCAGAAAGAAAUCACUGUUUGAAUUUGUUUGGACGAGACUUGCUCCUAUCAUUCCUCUCUUUCAAGGACGAUGAAUGCGGUGUCUCAAAGUUUGAUCAAGAUGCUGAUUGUGUAGACAUUCCAUUAGUUGUACCCUUAUGUGCUGACGUUUGGGUCAAGAUACCUUGUGAAAAUGAAUUAUCAAGUUCCUCAACCAUCUGUAUCAUGACGAGGAUUGGGUACUGUCAACUUAUGGUUGAGGGUGCUCACUUUUUUUGUGGAUUUGAGGGACUAAUUGAUGUCAUAAAUGAAUUUUCCCAAGUUUCUGAUUUAUCGAAAUGUUUCAAAUCUGAUGUUCCACAGUUUCUUCAGUUAAAGAGGUGCCUAGAACAGAAUAAUGCAGUUACACCUGUUGUUUCAAGCAUUACAUUUUCAGAAGUUAAAUGCUAUUGCAAAUCAUUGUCGAUACAGUUAAAUGGCUGCAGAAGAGACUUGAAAGAACCUAUAGCUAAGGCUGAAAUGCAAUUUAUGUGUUCUGCAUCAUUGAGAGAUGACAUUCUCUUAAGUGUUGUGCUUAGCUUUUCCUCAUUGGCAUUAUAUUCUUUACCUGGUUCUGUUGUAUUAGCAAGAUUCAAAUCCACUUCAACCUCAUCAGUUCUUGACUUUUCUCUUUCAAAAUCAAAUGAAGGUGGGAAUGAGCUGCUGGUUUCUUUGCCUUCUGUUGAUGUGUGGUUAUAUUUGUCUUACUGGACUGAUGUAAUUGACUGUUUGAAAUCUUAUCCGGGACAUUCAUCCCCAACUACACCUGACAACUUAAAGCAGGAGGCCGAUGUUCUGAUUGUUAGGUCAGAAAAUAUUUGCAUAACAUUUCACUUUCCUGUCUGGAUUGGUGAUGAAGGUUGGGGGGAAUAUCAGGUAGAUGAAGAUCGUGUCGAGGGUAAUCAAAAUGAUUUAUCUGACUUGGUCAAAGGAAAAAACUUUAGAUGCCUUGCGGUUACUUUAUGCAGUAAAAGUAGUGAACUUUUUGUUGAUGCAAGAAGUGUGAAAGUCAAGUCCGACAUGGAAAAACUGAAUGGUACGGUAUUGCUAAGCGAGGACAAAAGUGUUCUAUCAUGGCCUCUUUUCCAGAUAUGUCAGGGUACUUUUGAAGCUGAGAUUAACCAGAAUGAGCUUGUGCAUGUUGAAGUAGAUGCUCGAUGUGAUCAUUUAGAUGUAUGGAUUUCACACAGCAUUCUCCACUUUUGGCAUGGCGUACCAUUCACUGUUUCUGAAGGAGGGCCUUCUCAGUUUUCUUAUGGCGGAAUUGCUUUUAAAGUCCAAUUUAGAAAGGUUUCUUUUCUUCUAAGUGAUGGAAGGUGGAGUUGUAGUGGGCCGCUGUUUCAAAUUCUUAUGGGUAACAUCCUCUUUUGUGGUAAUGUGACUCAAAAAAACCUCAAAGGUUCAGUCAGUGGUGACCUUCAAGUGAACUACAAUAACAUUCACAAGGUCUUCUGGGAGCCUUUUGUCGAGCCUUGGAAGUUUGAGGUCGAUGUGAUUAGAAAGCAAGGGAUGAGUCUCAACAGCUCCAUGUUGACAGAUGUCAAUCUCAAAUCGCCUGCGCACCUUAAUCUGAACUUCACUGAAUCCCUAAUAGAGUGUGUUUUCAGGGCAUUUGAGAUGAUUAAGGAUGCUUGGGUUCUGAUGGGUACAAAUGAUCUUCCCGAAAGCCAAAUUUUUUUAAAUUCUCCUUAUUCCGAAUAUACAUAUGCAGGAAAAUACGCUCCUUAUGUACUUCAAAAUUUGACAUCUCUGCCUUUAGUAUAUGACGUUUAUCGAGGCCCAGUUAAUCUUGGUGUGUUUGAUGUCCCAAAGAUGAAGAACAGAAAGUAUGUGCAACCGGGUUCCUCUAUUCCAAUCUAUAUCAAUGAUACUCCUGAGGAACAACUUAUUAAUGUUAAGACAGCACACUUUUCUGAGAGGCUUUUUGAGCAGAAGGCAAAUGGGGUUGCUCAUCAGUACAUUACCAUUCAAUUUGAUGGAUCAUCAAUAUUGUCUGAUCCUAUCUCAAUGGAUCUUGUAGGACUUACCUACUUUGAGGCUGACUUUUCAACGGCUUACAAUGACAAUAUGGAAAAUAAUAGAACAAAUACAGUUGGUGGUUUUGUUGUUCCAGUUGUAUUCGAUGUUUCAGUGCAGCGUUACAGCAAAUUAAUACGAUUGUACUCAACGGUGAUACUUUCAAAUGCAACUUCAACGCCACUCGAGCUGCGAUUUGAUAUUCCAUUUGGUGUUGCCCCUAUGAUAUUAGAUCCACUAUACCCUGGUCAAGAGUUGCCACUGCCUCUCCAUUUGGCUGAGGCUGGUAGGAUUAGAUGGCGUCCAGUUGGAGAUUCUUAUCUCUGGAGCGAAGUUUAUAACCUUUCAAACCUGCUUUCUCAGGAGACUAAAGUUGGAUUUCUUAAGUCCUUUGUCUGCUAUCCAGCUCAUCCAAAUAGUGAUCCCUUUCGUUGUUGCAUUUCCAUUCGAAAUAUCAGGUUACCCUCAUCUGUUAGGUCAAGGAAGACUUCACAUCUCAAGAGUAGUCUAAACCAAACAGUUUGUAGUCAUGAUGAAAGAUUGAAAAAGUUAGAUGAGUCAAAGAAGCAGUUCGUUCACCAAGUGACUCUCAGUAUCCCUUUAGUAGUUAAUAACUACCUUCCAAAGGAAGUGACAUUGACGAUAGAAAGUGGUGGGAUUACUCGGACUGCAUUUCUUUCAGAGGUGGAAACUUCCUUUCAUAAUGUUGAUCCUUCACAUCACCUGAAACUUGAGAUCCAUAUGCAAGGGUUCAAACCAGCUGUUUUGAAUUUUCCACGUACUGAAACAUUUUGUAAAAUGGCUAAGUUUGGUGGAGCCAAGUUUUCACUUUCUGAAAUUGUGGCCUUUUAUACAGACUCAUCAAAUGGUCCUACAUAUGUUACCGUGGAAAAGGUGUUGGAUGCAUUUUCUGGUGCCAGGGAACUCUUCAUUUUUGUUCCCUUUCUGUUGUAUAAUUGCACUGGUUUCCCUCUUGUCAUUCAACAUGCUUCCAGUGAAAUGAGAGUAAGUUGUACAGUUCCUUCUUGUUAUCAUAUGGCUGAACAAGAGCUUCUUCAGGACAAAAAAGAUGGUCUCAGUACGGUUUCUUCUAGCCAUCAUCUGCGUGCUACGGGUUCAUAUGGUCUAGGAAAUUCUUCCUCAAGAGGUCAUGUUGUCUCAGUUAGAGAGAAUGUGAAUCCACACAAAGAAAUAUUUCUUAGCAAACCUUUGAAUCCAUCGAACUCUGAACAAAAUCUUCAUGAGUUUUCGAGCAAAAGGGAUUUAGACCGUAGCAAAAGUGAUUUAGAUGGUCAAAAUUCUCUUUCUAAUAGAUCACAUAACAGAUCGAGUUCAAGCAGUCAGUUGACCGUAAAAGAUUCGAACUUUAAUGGUUUUGAGCGUGGAAGGGCUAGGGCAUGCAUGUUCUCACCUAACCCCAAUUCCUCUGCUGGUGAAGUUAUGGUUAGAGCAAGUAGGUGUCUGCCUGAAUAUGUAAUUGAAAAGAUGCCAAAUUCUCUAUGGUCAAGUCCAUUUUCCCUUGUUCCACCUAGUGAUUCAACCACCGUCCUUGUUCCACAUCCAUCAUCAAGUGCAGCAAUCAUGUUGUCUGUAACAUCUAGUGCAGUUGCUGCACCAUUUGCUGGAAGGACAAGUGCCAUCACUUUCCAGCCCAGGUACAUCAUCAGCAAUGCAUGCAGCAAGGACUUAUGUUAUAAGCAAAAAGGGACUGAUAUCGUUUUUCAUUUAGGCAUAGGAGAACAUUCUCAUCUUCACUGGAUGGAUACAGCCAGGGAGUUACUGGUUUCCAUCCGUUACGAUGAACCUGGAUGGCAAUGGUCAGGUAGCUUCUUGCCUGAUCAUCUUGGCGAUACUCAAGUGAAAUUGCGGAAUUAUCUUUCUGGUUCAUUAAAUAUGAUACGGGUUGAAGUGCAGAAUGCUGAUGUCUCUCCAGGAGAUGAAAAAAUUAUUGGAAACUUCCAUGGAAAUUCUGGGACAAAUUUGAUUCUCAUAUCAGAUGAUGAGACUGGAUACAUGCCCUACAGAAUUGAUAAUUUUUCAAACGAGAGGCUAAGGAUUUACCAGCAGAGGUGUGAAACGUUUGAAACAAUUGUUCACUCUUACACAUCUUGCCCUUAUGCCUGGGACGAACCAUGCUAUCCACGCCGUCUCACCGUGGAGGUACCCGGAAAGCGUGUUUUGGGGUCAUACGCUCUUGAUGAUGUGAAAGAGUACAGUCCGGUGCAAGUACCAUCAUCUUCUGAGAAACCUGAGAGGACAUUGCAUUUAUCCGUCCAUGCUGAGGGAGCAACUAAGGUCCUCCAUGUUAUUGAUUCAAGUUACCAUGUUGUGAGUGACAUGACGAAUCCAACUGUUCCUCACUUGAGAGAGAAGGGGAAACAUGAACAGAAACAGGACAAGUUUGUAGGUUUCAUGGAAAGAAUUUCAAUUGUUAUUCAACACAUUGGUAUCUCCAUGAUCAAUAUUUAUCCACAGGAAUUGAUUUUUGCUUGUGCAAAGAACAUUACAAUUGAUCUUGUACAGAGUUUGGAUCAACAAAAGCUUUCCUUGCAAAUCACAUCAUUGCAAAUUGAUAACCAGCUGCGUUCUACCCCAUAUCCUGUUAUCCUGUCCUUUGACCAUGAUUAUAAAAGCAAUCCAAUUGGCCAUGUGAUUAAGGAUGAUGUCAUGAAACCAAUAAGUGAAAGACUGCUUCAAAGGACUUCUCACAGCUCUUUCGAACCUGUUUUCUACCUUGCUGUAUCAAAAUGGAGGAAGAAAGAUGUCUCAUUGGUUUCGUUUGAAUAUAUCAGCUUAAGAGUUGCUGACUUCUGUCUUGAGCUGGAGCAAGAAUUGAUAUUAAGCCUGUUUGACUUCAUAAAAAAUGUUACUUCAAGGUUCCAGAGUAGAGUUUUUCCAUUGUCGGAUCCAUUCCUGCGCUCUCGUAUCAAUGACACAGGUUUAAUGGAUUCCUUUGCAACAGAGAAACAACUUCACUUAAUGACUGCUCCUGCUUCUACUGAAAACCACAAACCGAGACUCUCUCUACCUUCAAUUGUUCCAAUUGGAGCUCCAUGGCAGCAAAUUUACCUAUUAGCUAGAAGACAGAAAAAGAUCUUUGUCGAAGUGUUUGAUUUUGGCCCCAUCAACUUGACCCUAAGCUUUUCAAGUGCUCCGUGGAUGCUUAGAAAUGGGAUUCUUACUGCAGGAGAAUCUGUUAUCCAUAGAGGUCUUAUGGCUCUUGCUGAUGUUGAGGGUGCACGAAUUCAUCUCAAGCAGCUGACAAUUACACAUCAAAUUGCUAGUUCAGAGUCCCUUCAAGAGAUCCUUGUAAGGCAUUAUACUCGGCAACUUCUUCAUGAGAUGUAUAAGGUGUUUGGUUCUGCUGGUGUUAUAGGCAAUCCCAUGGGAUUUGCAAGGAGUAUGGGGCUUGGCAUUAAAGAUUUCUUGUCAGUGCCUGCUAGGAGCAUUUUUCUGAGCCCCACUGGACUAAUUACUGGCAUGGCACAAGGCACCACUAGUCUUUUAAGUAACACUGUCUACGCUAUAAGUGAUGCUGCCACACAAUUCAGCAAAGCUGCGCACAAGGGAAUCGUGGCAUUUACAUUUGACGACCAGGCUGUUUCAGAAGUGGAACAGCAGCAGAGUGGUAUUGCUACUCAUUCUAAAGGUGUGAUAAAUGGAAUAUUUGAGGGACUCACAGGUCUUCUUCAAUCACCAAUUAAAGGAGCUGAGAAACAUGGCCUUCCUGGUGUCCUUUCAGGCAUAGCUUUAGGUAUUACAGGACUAGUGGCAAAACCAGCUGCUAGUAUUCUUGAAGUUACUGGAAAAACUGCACAGAGUAUCAGAAAUCGGAGUAGGCUCUAUCAAAUGGGACAACAGCGCUUAAGAGUCCGUCUUCCAAGGCCUUUAAGCAGGGAACUCCCCUUAAGACCUUAUUCUUGGGAAGAUGCUGUUGGAACUUCAGUGCUUGUUGAGGCGGAUGAUAGUUUGAGGCUCAAGGAUGAGAUUUUAGUCAUGUGCAAGGAACUUAGACAAGCUGGUAAAUUUGUCAUCAUUACACAGAGGCUUGUAUUGAUUGUUAGCUGCUCAAAUCUGGUGGACUUAGGCAAGCCUGAAUUUCGAGGUGUUCCUGCUGACCUUAACUGGGUAAUUGAAUCUGAAAUCUGUUUGGAGAGUGUUAUACAUGCUGACUGUGAUGAAGGAGUAGUGCAUAUAGUCGGAAGCAGUUCAGAUGCCCCUUUGCGGCAAAACCAGCAAACUAAAAGCAGCAGUGGAACACGGGCAGUUCGUUGGAACAAUCCUACUGUUCCUCUCGUACAGACAAACCUGGAACUGGCUCGCAAAGACGAUGCGGAUAAUUUGUUGCAGAUUUUGUUGUCUGCAAUAGAAUUAGGAAAGGAGCACGGGUGGGGAUGUAGGUAUCUUCUGCAACGAAGUAACAUCAAAUAACUCAGUGGCGGAGCACACUAGUUUGAAGGAUUGAAUUUCGUACAACACUAGUAGACAGAAGACUUGUUACAGAGAUCACGAGAUGUGUGAAACAAUAGUUUUGAAGGGAUUGAGUUUCGAAUGGAGUGAGAAACGGGUCACUUGUUCGAUGCAUUUUGCUUUUGAACUCUCGCGACAGAAAAACAGCAUUGAGAAUGCCCGAAGCCCGAAGCCCGAAGCAAACCUUUCCCGUUGUGAUGUCUUGCACAAUGCAAAAGAUGGAAUUUCGAAUUUCGAUUCUUUUGGUAGAUACUAGAUAGAUAGGUAACUUCUACAGAAAAAGUUGUAGGGUAUAGAGAUAUAGGUUACUUCAUAUUUAGCACUUGUAUAUUUGCUGUUUGUGAACCAUUUAAUGUAUAUAAAUGUUAGUCAGCAGUUAUAACCAAAUGAGUUCAAACACACACUUAUUUGUCUUUCACCUGUUCAGGUAGUUAUGCCUAAGUUUUGUUCUUGUCUA